CAAAAAGCGGAGAGACAGAGAGAGGAAAAGUCUGGUGCCAUGUCUGCCAAUACCGCAUGGGGUAGCUCGGAGGAAAGCACCAUCGUCGACUGACUUCGUGCGGAGUGGUUGAUGCCUAAUAAUUUGCCCCUCUCUCUCUCUCCCUCCGCGACGACGAUGAUGAUGCUGAGGGUCUUGUCCAGGUAACCGGGAAUCGUCGCAGCCUGAGUUCUAAGUUCAGCAAGAGGAUGGGGAGCCAGGCAAAGUUGUUGAGGAGCUUCACCAGGGUAGAACCUAAGACUCUGAGUUUUGUCAUCUUCGCGGGAUGCUUUCUCAUCUCCAUGGCCCUUCUUGCGGUGUCUGCCGGCUCUCUUGUCUCUCUUCCAAGUCUGAGUUCGUGGCUGUCAGCUCACACGACUCCUCCUGUCUCUGGGGCCCAAGAAAAUCCCGGUCCUCAUCACCCACAUCCAGAAGUUGGAACCGACAGAAAUGAGGAGCCACAGAGAAAGCCCUUGUGCGAUACGUCGGACCGAAGAGCAGAUAUUUGUGACAUGGAGGGCGAUGUCAGGGUCCGUGCUACCUCCUCAUCCGUCUUCUUUGUUACUUCCUCGGAUCGGAACGCUUCGGAACUCCAGCAAUCAUGGCGGAUCAAGCCUCAUCCUCGGAAGGGAGACCAUGCUGCAUUAUCUCGUCUCACCGAAUUGUCUGUAGGUUACUUGACUACUCACCAAGAAGAUGUUCCCAAAUGCGACGUCAAGAGCUCGGUUCCGGCCAUCAUCUUUGCGACCGGAGGUUACAUGGGCAACUUCUUCCACGAAACCACCGAUCUGGUCGUCCCCCUAUAUAUAACAUCGCAUAAAUUCGAUGGGGAAGUUCAGUUUCUGAUAAGUGACAUGCUCCCGUGGUGGAUCGCCAAAUACGAACAACUACUGAAGAAGCUUUCUCGUUAUGAGAUCAUCGAUUUCAACAGGGAUCCUCUGGUUCGUUGUUAUCCUCGAGUCAUAGUGGGCAUCACGUUCCACAAGGACAUGAGCAUCGAUCCUGCAAGAUCUGGUGGUGUCACCAUGUUUGACUUUGGGCGAUUUAUAAGGAGCGCCUACUCGCUGGAGCGGGAGACAGCGAUCGUGCUGGGGGAAAAGCAAGAGGAGAAGAAGAAGCCAAGACUCGUAAUUAUCGCGAGGAAGAGCACAAGAAAAUUCAGCAACGUCGAUGAGAUCGCUCGAAUGGCAGAAUGGCAGGGCUUCGAACCUGUGAUAGCGGAGAUCAAGAAGAACCAAAGUUUGGGGGAAUUUGCGCGCGUAGUGAACUCAUGUGAUGCUAUGAUGGGAGUGCACGGCGCCGGGCUCACCAAUCUUAUAUUCCUUCCCACCAAUGCGGUAGUAAUUCAAGUCGUUCCUCUGGGUGGAUUGGAGACGUACUGUUGGUCCGACUACGGAGUGCCGGCGUUGGAGAUGAAGAUGAGGUACUUGCAAUACAGCAUCAGUGUCACGGAGAGCUCGCUGGUGGACAGGUACGGCAUUACCGAUCCGGCGAUCACAAAUCCGCAAGCCAUUCUGGCUCAGAAGGAUGGUUGGCGGAAUUGGACCUCUAUAUACUUCUUCAAUCAAGAUGUAAGGCUUGACGUGAGCAGAUUCAGUAGCAUUCUCGUACAUGCUCGCCAGCUUCUUCAUCGGUAGGAAGACUGUUUACUC